AUGAAGCGCAUUGCUACGGCGCCCGAGCCUAGCAAUACAGACAACCCUGACGGCAACACGCAUCUCGAUCAGACGCAAUCGAUCAAACGUCUAGAGCAGAAGAUUGCUGGCCUGGAGACCGAAGUGUCUGAAUUGAAACGCGCCAAAGAACUGACGACGGGCCGGAAUAGGAGCGUUCUCAUUACGAACCACGAAGAACCGGUUAUAAGAGACGCGAAGGCCCGGGCGGAUAUUGACGGUCGAAGAGUCCGUGAUAUACUUAGAACCGCAGGGUCACCCGUGUAG